AUGUCGCCACCUCCCGAGAAGACCGAAGCUAUCGAAGACGACACAGACGAGGAAAACAACACACGGAACGGCCAAAUAAAGAAACCUCGUGCCGCCCGGACUCAACGUGAGAAGUCGGAGCGUGAAGAGCGUGACAGGCAGCGGGCCGAGGCAGCAAAUCGACGAAAGGGUCGUGCAGACAGGAGGAGGGCUGAGGGUACAACCCCCGCGAUUCCGGGUAAGGAACCUGAAGCUCACAUGGGCGCAGAAUCAGAUCCGUCGGAAGAGGCCCCUCCCGCACCUCCUCGCCUUGCCGUCAAGCCCAGCACGGAAGCGGCGGUGCCAGCCGAAGCACCCCCAUCCUCUGCGCCGACCCCAGACACCCCGCCAGCGAACCAGGUGCCUGUCGGAAGCUCGCAUAAGAAGACCAGUCGCAAUAACCAGAAAAGAGGAAAAGGCCGAAACCAAUACACCAAGGACCGCGACGAUAACGAAGAUACUCCAGCGCGGUCAAUGUCUAGAGAUAUUGGAAGGAAUCAUGACGACCAUGCCGGCGCCGGUACAACAAGACACACCCACGCCGACCACCCCAAACAUAGUGCAAGGAGCAAGGCAAACAGCGCCCAUAGCAAAGUGUCGAUGAACGACAUGAAGCGUAGAGUUUCGGCAUUCCUCGAUUUCAUAUCCAAGACGCAAGUUGAGUUGGCAGGCGAGGCACUUCCGGGAUCAAGAAGUAGCCAAAACAGCUCUCAGCAGCAAAGCCCCCGCGUAACGGCUGCGCCCGAAGCACCCAAAAUCAGCGUUAAUGGAGACACCAACGCCGAGUCGAAGAACUCCCCCAUCACAAGCGCGGCAGCAGACGAGAAUCGAUCCGAAACGAAGGAGUUCAAGGCGCUCAACUGCGUAGAGAUGAUGGACGUUCUCACUCGGGAUCUAUUGCGAUGGCAGAAUCAGUAUGCUUCCUGA